AUGGGAUCCAUGGUUGGGCAAACACUCGAGGCCACGAUCCUGGCAGAGUUCGACCGCCGCCGCAAAGAGGGAGUCAUAUUCUAUGAUGACAACCCAGAGAUACAAACUUACAACUUUAAUGGCUUUCAGUUUGAAUUUGCAGUAACCGCUGCUAUAAGUAAGAAGCCAUAUAUAAAGGACAAUGGUGACGAACCAGCACCCAAUGGGACAACAGCGGCCAAGAGGCCUCCAGGCUAUGCACCAGGUAGCGAUAUUGAUAUCUCGGGCUACGAGAUUGGCGACGUGAGCCCAACUCACCUUUGGGCUUUCAACAAAUUCUGCAUGUACCGGCCGCAUCUGCUCUUGUUGACCAAGGACGGCUACCGGCGCCAAUAUGAGCCGCUGGACCUCGACGACAUCCAGUCAGCCUGGGGCGCCCUUGAAUCGCUGGGCUGGAACUACUUCAUGUUCUUCAACUGCGGCAAGGAGGGCGGGUGCUCCCGGCUGCACAAACACAUGCAGUUGACGCCGUAUCUCAAGGACCGGCUCGCCCCGUGGCCGGAGAAGGUGGUCACAGCGGCAUCGGCAAAGAAGCCGGCGGGCGUGCCGUACGAGUACAUUCUCCGCCGCUUCGAUGCCGAUCUAGGGCCGAAGCAGAUCACGGACAUGUACGAGGGCAUGAUGAACGAGGCGGCUCGAAUUCUUGGACUGGACCCGACUGCUCAUAUACCGCAUAAUUUCAUGCUGGCGAGAAACUGGAUGCUGGUCAUUCCACGAACCAAGGCGGGAUACGGUGGCGCCUAUUCAAAUACGCUUGGAAUGCUCGGCAUGGUGUCCGUGGCAAAUCGUGAUGAGUUGAAGUGCUGGAUGAGUCAAGGGCCGCACAAGAUUAUCCAGGAGCUUGGUGUUGCAACGUCACAUACAAAUGGGGCUUAA